AUGUUCAUACAAUUACUUAUCCAUCUUCUUCCAAGUAAAGAUUAUCAAAUUUCGCACAACGCUGAAAUAUCACUUGUUAACAUCGGUAACCAGGCAGUAACAAGUGAGGUCAUUAAUCGCCUGAUUAGUGCACUUAAGGACAGUGAUAGUAGUGUCAGAAAGAAGGCAUGUAAAGUUCUGGGUAAUAUGGAUGAAAAGGCAGCAACAACUGAGGUGAUUAAUCGACUUAUUAGUGCACUUGGGGACAGUGAUAGUAGUGUCAGGAGGAGUGCGUGUGAGGUUCUGGGUAAGAUGGGUGAAAAGGCAGCAACAAGUGAGAUCAUUAAUCAACUAAUUAGUGCACUUGGGGGCAAUAAUCAUAUUGUCAGGAGGAGUGCAUGUGAAGCUCUGAGAGAAAUGGGCGAAAAGGCAGCAACAACGGAGGUCAUUAAUCGGCUGAUUAGUGCACUUGGGGACAGUAAUAGUAGUGUCAGGUCGAUUGCAUGUAACGCUCUAGGUAACAUGGGUCAAAAGGCAGCAACAACUGAGGUCAUUGAUCGACUAAUCAGUGCGCUUGGAGACCCCAAUAAUUACGUCGGAUUCAGUGCAUAUGAAGCUCUGGUUAAGAUGGGUGAAAAGGCAGCGACAAGUGAGGUCAUCAAUCGACUAAUUAGUGAACUUAAGCACAGUUAUGAAGAUCUCCGCUCAAGUGCACGUGAAGCCCCUGAUAACAUGCAUGAAGAGAUAGUAACAAUUGACAUCAUUGAUCGACUAAUUAGUGAACUUGGGGAUAGUCAUGGAGGUCUCCGCUCAAAUGCAUGUACAGCUGUGGGUAAAAUGAGUGAAAAAGCAGCAACAAGUAAGGUCAUUUAUCAACUAAUUAGUGCACUUAGAGCUAGUGAUCAUUAUGUCGGGUUCAGUGCGUUUAUAGUUCUGCGUAAUAUGCUUCAUAAAGCAGCAACAAGUGAGAUGAUUAAUAGACUCAUUCGUGAACUUAGACACAGAGAUAGUAUGUUCAAUUUUAUUGUAUACGAAGUUGUGGAUCAGAUCGGUGAAAAAGUAGCAACAAGUGAGGAAAUUUAUCGACUAAUAAGUGAACUUAGACACAGCAAUUACUCUAAUACGCGGAGUGCGUCUCAAGUUCUGGGUAAUAUCGUUGACCAGGCAGCAACUAGUGAUGUCAUUAACCGACUAGUUAGUGCACUUCGCGACAGUGAUAGUAUUGUCAGAGAGGAGGCAUGUGCAGCUUUGGGUAAGAUCGGUGAAAAGGCAGCAACAUGUGAUGUGAUUAAGAAACUAAUUAGUGCACUUGGAGACAGUAAUCAUAGUGUCAGGAUGAGUGCAUGUAAAGCUCUGGGUAAGAUGGGUAAAAAGAGAGUAACAGGGGAGAUCAUUAGUCGACUAAUUGCUGCACUUGUGCAUCGUGAUAGUAGUACGAGUGAGGAAGCAUGGAAAGUUCUGGCUGAAAUAGGUGAAAAUGCAGCAACAAGUGAGGCCAUUAAUGGGCUCGUUCAUGCACUUGAAAACAGUGAUAGUAGUGUCAUGAUGAGUGCAUGUAAAGCUCUGAGUAAGAUGGGUGGAAAGGCAGCAAGAAGUGAGGUAAUUAAUGGACUUGUUCGUGCACUUGGAAACAGUGAUAGUAGUGUCAUAAUGCGUGCAUGUGAAGCUCUGGGUAACAUGGGUGAAAGGGCAGCAAGAAGUGAGGUAAUUAAUGGACUUGUUCGUGCACUUGGAAACAGUGAUAGUAGUGUCAUAAUGAGUGCAUGUGAAGCUCUGGGUAACAUGGGUGAAAGGGCAGCAAGAAGUGAGGUAAUUAAUGGACUCGUUUGUGUACUUGGGAAUAGUAAAGGUAAUGUCAUGAACAGUGCAUGUGGAGCUCUGGGUAGGAUGGGUAAGAAGGCAGCAACAACUGAGUCCAUCAAUGGACUCGUUCGUGCACUUCGGAACAGUGAGUGGGAUGGCAGGAGUAGAGCAUGUGAAGCUCUGGGUAACAUGGGUGAAAAGGCAGCAACAACUGAGGUAAUUAAUGAACUGGUUUGUGCACUUCGGAACAGUGAGUGGAUUGUCAGGAGUAGUGCAUGUAAAGCUCUGGGUAAGAUGGGUGAAAAGGCAGCAACAAGUGCGGUCAUUAUUCAACUCAUUUUUGCAGUUGACGACAGUGAUUAUAGUGUCAGAAUGGAUGCAUGUGAAGCUCUGGGUAAGAUAGGUAAAAAUGCAGCAACAAGUGCGGUCAUUAAUCGACUUAUUCGUGCAGUUGAAGACAGUGAGGAUAGUGUCAGGAGGAAUGCAUGUGAAGCUCUCGGCAAGUUAGGUGAAUAUACAGCAACAAGUGAGGUCAUUUAUCAACUCAUUCAUGCACUUGAAGACAGCAGGGAUACUGUCAGGUGGGGUGCAGAGAAAGUUUUGGAUAAUAUGAUUGAGAAGGCAGAAACAAGUGAGGUCCUUAAUGGAUUAAUCAGUGCACUUGAGGACAGCGAUACAAGAGUUAAGAAGAAUGCAUGUAAAUUUCUGGAAAAAAUGGGUGAAAAGGCGGCAAGAAGUGAGGUUAUUAACCGACUAAUUGGUGCAGUUCAGGAUAGUGAUAGUAAAGUGAGGUGGAGUGCAUGCAGAGCUCUGGGUAAGAUGGGUGAAGAGGCAGCAACGAGUGAUGUUAUUAAACGAAGAAGAAUCGGUAGAAAAUAUAGUUCCGGUGAAUAA